AUGUCGGAUCAAUCACCUCUCGCACUGUGGGAGGCCUCCGCCAACAGCCCCUUCAUCCCCGCCGUUGGCAAAGACGCGCAGCUCCUGGUGGGCUUCGUCUUGCUCUCCAUUGGCUUCGUCUUGACGGCUCUCUUCGGCCUCAACCUUUCCGUCAAGAACCUGCCCGUCCUCGCCGUGCCCGCAUCUCUGGCCUUCGCUUUUGGCGCCGUCUACAUGAUCUGCGCAGUCGGCGUCUAUGUAUAG